CAGCACUACCUGUCAGACCUGAGCUAGCAUUGAGUGUAGUCAGAAGGAAGCAGGCUGGCUCUAGAAGGCAGCCAGGACUCCCUGCUGGGGCCCAGGCUGCCCGGUCAUGCUCUGGGCACUCUGGCCAAGGUGGCUGGCAGGCAAGGGGCCGCCCCUCCUGGCAGCGGUGCUGCUGCGGAAAAGAGAGAAGAGGCACCCUCAGUUGAGGCACUGGCGGCGGGAAACCCACCCAUACUAUGACCUCCAGGUGAAGGUGCUGAGGGCCAGAAAUAUCCGGGGCACAGACCUGCUGUCCAAAGCCGACUGCUACGUGCAACUGUGGCUGCCCACGGCGUCCCCCAGCCCUCUCCAGACAAGGACAGUGGCCAACUGCAGUGACCCCGAGUGGGAUGAGACCUUCCACUACCGGAUCCACGGUGCUGUGAAGAACGUCCUAGAGCUCACCCUCUAUGACAAGGAUGUCCUGGGCAGCGACAAGCUCUCCCUGCUCCUGUUUGACCUGAGGAGCCUCAAGUGUGGCCAACCCCACAGAAACACCUUCACACUCAACCACCAGGAUUCACAAGAGCUGCAGGUAGAAUUUGUUCUGGAGAAGAGCCAGGUGCCUGCAUCUGAAGUCAUCACCAAUGGGGUCCUGGUGGCUCACCCCUGUCUAAGAAUUCAAGGCACGCUCUGGGGAGACAAGACAGUUCCACGUCUAGAGUACGGUUCUAGGCAGCUCCAGCUGGCAGUGCCUGGGGCGUAUGAGAAGCCUCAGCUCCUGCCCCUACAGUCCCCCAUGGAGUCAGGCUUUCCACCCACCUUCACCUUCCAUGUGAAUCCCGUGCUGAGCUCCAGGUUGGAUGUGCAGCUAGUGGAGAAGCUCAUGGUUCUGCAGAGCGGCCCAAGUGCCCAGUUGGAGACUCAGGUCAGCAAGCUGGGCGAGGGGGACAUCCUGCUGUCGUCUCUGCCCCUCGGCCAGAAGAAACAGUACUCCGUGGCAUUGGGGGAAGACCAGGAGGUGGCUCUGUGUGUGAAGGCAGAAAUGAGCUCUGGGAACCUGGAUCUGCGCCUUGGCUUUGACGUCAGUGACGGGGAGCAGGAGUUUCUGGACAAGAGGAAGCAGGUCGUGUCCAAGGCCCUGCAGCAAGUGCUGGGAUUGAGUGAGGCACUGGACAGUGGCCAGGUGCCUGUAGUGGCUGUGUUAGGUUCUGGGGGCGGAACCCGAGCUAUGUCUUCCCUAUAUGGCAGCCUGGCGGGGCUGCAGGAACUCGGCCUCCUGGACACUGUGACUUACCUGAGUGGGGUCUCUGGGUCUACCUGGUGCAUCUCCACACUCUACAAGGACCCAGCCUGGUCCCAGGGGACCUUGCAGGGCCCCAUUGAGCGCGCCCAGGCUCGAGUCUGCAGCAGUAAGAUGGGGGCGAUGUCCACAGAGCAGCUACAAUACUAUACUCAAGAACUGGGGGUUCGGGAGCGCAGUGGCCACAGUGUGUCUCUCAUCGACCUCUGGGGCCUCCUCGUUGAGUAUUUCCUGUACCAGGAAGUAAACCCUGCCAAGCUGUCUGAUCAGCAGGAGGCGGUCAGCCAGGGCCAGAACCCUUACCCCAUUUACGCCAGUGUGAAUGUCCGCACCAACAUCAGUGGUGAAGACUUUGCAGAGUGGUGCGAGUUCACCCCCCACGAAGUCGGCUUCCCCAAGUACGGGGCUUAUGUUCCCACUGCACUCUUUGGCUCAGAGUUCUUCAUGGGACGACUGCUGCAUCACCGGCCUGAGCCCCGGAUCUGCUACCUGCAGGGCGUGUGGGGCAGUGCCUUCGCAGCCAGCCUGGAUGAGAUCUUCCUGAAGACGGCUGGCUCAGGCCUUGGUUUCCUGGAGUGGUACAGAGGCAGUGUGAACAUCACAGACAACAGCCAGAAACUCCAGCUUCAUGACCCCGCGCGGCUGCGUACGAGGCUGUUCACGCCCCAAGGUCCCUUCUCCCAGGUUGUGCUGGACAUAUUCACCUCCCGCUUCACUUCUGCCCAGAACUUUAACUUCACCCGGGGUCUCUGCCUGCACAAGGACUAUGUAGCUGGCAGGGAGUUCGUGGCCUGGAAAGACACACACCCGGAUGCCUUCCCCAACCAGCUCACCCCCAUGUAUGACUGUCUGUACCUGGUGGACGGAGGCUUUGCCAUCAAUUCUCCGUUCCCACUAAUUCUGCUGCCCCAGAGGGCAGUAGACCUCAUCCUGUCCUUCGACUACUCCUUGGAAGCCCCUUUUGAGGUCUUACAGAUGACAGAGAAGUACUGUCUGGACCGAGGAAUCCCCUUCCCUAGGAUUGAAGUGGGCCCUGAGGACUUGGAGGAACCCCGGGAGUGCUAUCUGUUUGCCAAGGCCAAGGAUCCCCGCUCACCCAUCGUGCUCCAUUUCCCCCUUGUCAAUCGUACCUUCCGCACACAUCUGGCCCCAGGUGUGGAACGGCAAACAGCUGAGGAGAAGGCCUUUGGGGACUUUGUCAUCAAUGGGCCAGACACCCCCUAUGGCAUGAUGAACUUUACCUAUGAGCCCCAAGACUUUGAUCGGCUGGUGGCCCUGAGUCGAUACAACGUUCUGAACAAUGCAGAGACCUUGAGGCAUGCCCUCCAGCUGGCUCUGGAUCAAGGACAGGGGGAGGAGAGGGCUGGGGGCUGAUCCAGGUGGGAGUCAGAGGACUAUGACAGAGAGGAGAGACUGUGAGACUCUCAGACAAGGCUUGUACAGGGAGGAAUAGGCAGACUCUGUGGGGCUUCUGCUCCCUCCC